ACAUUGACGAUCGUUCUCGCUCUGCAAGGCAACAUCACAAAGUGGCUCGUCGGACUGCCAGUGCAUAAAACAUAAUAUAAAUUUCGUUAAUUUAUUUUUGUUUUCAUUUUUACGCAUCCGGAAGAUUUUCAAUUGAGAAGCAGCUGGAUAAUUUGAACAAUUUUUGGUUCAUUGUGUUAAAACAGCGACCAUUCACAUAAAGCAACAAUGGAUGCAGAAAAAUCCAGCAGCAGCUCAUUCGAGGAUCUUUCCAACCUUAACGAACAGGAACGAGCAGAGAUGAACUCAUCUGCAGAACCAGAGCAGUCGAGUGAAAAAAAGGAUGAUUGCAUGGAUAUAUUGGGGAACGGAACACUUCUGAAAAAGGUGUUGAAAGAGGGGCAAGGCGAGCGCCCGGAAAGUCGUGAUAUUGCUAUCAUUAACUAUACUGGACGAUUGGAGGAUGGGACAUUGGUGGAGGAAGAGAAGAAUUGUGUCGUUCAAAUCGACGAUGUGGAAGUAGUGCAAGGACUGGACAUGGCGAUCAAGCUUAUGAAUGUCGGAGAACAUGCGGAAGUAAUAGUUAAUGCAAGGUUCGCUUAUGGUGCGCAAGGAUUCAAAAACGAAGAAAUGCCAGAACGAAGCAUUCCACCGAAUGCAACGGUGAUUUACAAUGUCGAAUUGGUAUCGGCCAAAGAGGAAAGUGACCUCGAGGAUAAAUCCUAUACAGCAAAAAAAGAAGUUGGAAACAAGAAGCGAUUGCGGGGAAAUUUUUGGAUGAAAAGACAGGAAUACAAUUUGGCAAUUCAGAGCUAUCGUCGAGCACUAGAAUAUCUUGAUGGGAGUGAGGGAGGUAUCACCAAACCUACGGCUACCGGCGAAGCGGAGCCCUCGAAUGCAGAACUACAGGAUUUGCUAGAGGACCGAAUGAAGGUGUACAACAAUUUGGCCCUAGCUCAGCUCAAAAUUGGUGCGUAUGAAGCUGCACUCAAAUCGGUGGAGCAUGUGCUGCAGUGCCAGCCAAAUAAUGCGAAAGCACUGUUUCGUAAAGGAAAGAUUCUUGAUGCUAAAGGAGACACGAAAGGAGCUAUUUCAUUCUUGCAAAGAGCGGCCACAAUCGAUGAGGAUGAUAAACUAAUUCAAUCGGAGCUCUCAAAGCUAAUCCUCAAAUCAAAACGAGAGGCCCGAAACGAAAAAGAUCUGUACCAGAAAAUGCUUGGACACGCUCAAAAGCUAGAGCAAAAAUCAAAGGCAGCUCCCGCGACCCCGAAUCGCGAGGCAUCCAAGUUCAAACUAUGGGGCUAUCUGAUGGGAUCCAUUUUAAUUGGUGUCGCCGGUGUGGCCAUCUACCGGUACAACAAUAAGUACUUUUAAAGGGAGCGGUAUAUAUGCAACAACUAGCAAAAAGAACCUCUAUAGCAGUGUGAGCAAGACGAGCAAAAAUGUAAAAAGAGCUGUGCAAGAGUUCUUAAACUUAAAAACAAAGAAGUUCACGUACGGAAACGAUCACGUUAAUUUAACCACCAAAAAAUACAAAAAUUUGCGCAUGUACAUUUUUACGCAAGCAUCUGAGCAUGUCAUACUUGAAAAAGUUGAUAUCCAAUAGCUUGUCCAGGGAAGAAAUCCAAUGAUUUUUGAGUGUAGGACGUAGUAGUACAAGUAUCUUAUGCGAGCUUCCGUUCAGAUAUUUGAUACGAAAAAUAACGAAAGACAGCUUUUGUAGAUCAGUAGAUACAAAUAGUACUUCUAUGAGUGGCAGGUAGUGGCUUAGAGGUAUAGGGAUACUCACAUUGAAGACGAAGAAGAAAACGACGUAAUAAUCAUGCAUUUUUAUUUUAUACGAAAUGAACCGGAUGUUGCUUACAUUUCACUGUAAUCUAUUUUCUUAUCAAACGAAAUCUGUUAUCUAACCGUUUUAUCGAUAAAUCCUUACAAUAAUAUAAUUGUUUUGGCUGUGCGUCGUUCUUUGUCAUUCCAGCAAAUCAAGGUGUAUGCAUAAGAGUAAUGACUGUGUAGAUUUUCUUUCCGAUUAAAUAAUAAAUCCAAAUGUGUGCUAAUGUAAA